GAGAUGCGCUCGCGACGUUCAGGAGCUGCGCGCUGGAGGACUUCAGGUCCGUGACAGCAGCAGCAUCAGCAGCAUCAGCAGCAGAGACACGGAGAUUAUCAGCAGGGAGAAGUUAUCUUCCCGGUCUCCCCCUCCGACUGCUGCAGUUCCCUUCACGCACACACAUGCAAAGACGCGCUGAUACGCACGCGCACGCGCUCACGACCAGUUUGUGUGAUGGGUGUUGAUGUUGGAGCGGAGCCCGGGAGAGCUUUCCUUCGCUGGGGAAGCUGCGUAAUGAUGGAGAGCAGGUCCCUUCCGCUCACCGCCAACUUCGCUUUUCAGUUUCAGACGAGGCUCAGCGGGGAAUAAAUAAAAAAAGAAGAAGAAGAAGAGGAAGAAGGAGAGAAGAGCCACGGCUUCACUCACUGGGAGAAUACAUUCACCUCCUGGUAGGACUGUAGGAGUUCUCUGUGCGUCUCCACGCUGACAUGAUGUGGGCUCGCGCUCCGGACCGUCGAGGAUUAUCUACAUGUUGCUGCUGCGCAUGAUGGGUUUUUUUUUUCCUUCCUUUCUGCUCACUUCUGGAGUUAUUUGAGCUAUCUGGUUAAAAAAGCAAAAACAAGACUAAACAUGACCUUUUCAUGUCUACGCUGAGUGUGACGACCCUUACUGUGACAUGGGAAAAGCAGGACUUUAUUAUAGCCUCCUCUAUUACUUCAUUUUCAAUUCGCCCUUCGUGAGCUGUGCAAAUGCUUCGUUCACCGAAGUCCCUAAAGAUGUGAGCGUGGGGGAAGGAGAGGACGUGGAGAUGCCUUGCGCCUUCAAGGCUCUGAGCUCAGCGCCCAUGUCUUUGGAAAUACAGUGGUGGUACCUAAAGGAGGACAACCCAAAGGACCUGCCGCACGAGCUGCAGAUUGGUGCUCCAACGAACAGAGACAAGGAUGGUUUCAGAGAAGCUACGAAAAUAAGUACUGUCCGAGUCCAGGGCAAUGCCAUCUCCCACCGCCUCAGCCUGUCCAAGGUGAAAAAGGAGGACGAGGGGGUGUACGAGUGCCGCGUGUCUGACCUGUGGGCCGAAGAGACUCAGGAUUUUACUGUUCACGCCAUGCUGCGAGUCACAGCAGGCGGCGGCAUGGUGGCUGAGGAGGCCGUGUCACACAUCCAGAACCGCUGGCCACUGAGGAAUACCAAUUCCGCCCUGGGAGGGGGUUUAGCAGGGAGUGCCACCUCCAAGCCCAGUCAGGGGCUUACAGGAGGAGCCAGACCGGGGCAGGGGAAGCUCAGGGUGCCUCAGCAGGCCCAGCCCGAUCUCCUCCCUUCUAUGUCAUCCACCACCUCAGCGGCCAAGUCAUCAGCCUCACCUUUGCCAGGGACUGCAGCCAUCCUCGGGCAGCACGGCGCCGACUGCAGCAUGAUGAGCACCAUGGACCCUCUUCUCUUCAUCACUCUUCUGUUCCUGCAUAAGUUCCUUCCUUUACUGUUGGCUCAUUGAAGAGACUUCAAUAAAUUUACAUCAGCUACCAACUUAUCACUUCCUAUACCAAACAGACCCAAAGCAGUGGGAAGAGACGAUCACAAUUAAAUCUAUUUAUGCCGCUGCAACCCAUCACAGCAGGGAGUGAAAGCCAUGCCACACAGUCUGCAGGAGACGGAUGGAUGGGAGCGGAUACAUUUGAGGUUACCUCUCAGAUACAACAUGGAGCAGUAUGACUGUUGACUGCUCAGAAUGUGGACAAAAGGAAAAAAACAAUACAGUGGAUGAAAAGAGUACCAUUACUGAUGGCAGCUCUAUGCUCUGCUUCACACAUUCUCUCAUAUCCUUACACCAUAUCCUGUGUGGGCCCAUCAGCACACAUCCUUCACCGCACUGUGAGUUUGCUGUCCAUCUAAAAGUAGACAUUUACAUAUGUCGUCUUGAAUCUAUGUGACCUCUAUGUUUCGUUUGGUUUUUCUUUCAGAGACAGAGGUUUGAUCCGCAUGACAUGUCAGUCACUGACAUAUAUUUCUGCAGCCAUGUCAGGCCUCCUCAGUAUAAAGAACUAAUGUUCAAAAUGUUUGCUAGUCUAAUGUCAGCUCAUUCCUUUACAUUUCUCUAUUCCUCCAUCACACACACACACACACACACCAACAUGUGCACACACACACUUCCGUUCCCAUGGCUGUGUUCCAUCUUGUAAACAAAUAAUAUGUGAUAUAUUUUGAGUAAGAUAAGGCACACCUUACCAUGUUAUUGUUAACCACCUCUGAUAAUGUUUAUUUUUAUUGAAUUUAUUGUGAUCAAAGUAACACAUUUCAUCUCUAUGACACGGAUAGAUUUAUUGAUAACU